AUGAACAAAACACAUAUAAAUUUAAAUAUAUGCAGAACAGAACAAAUAAUUGAAAAUGGUGUUGUUGUUGAUUGUUUAGAAGAGAAAACAGAAGAAAAACCAGAAGAAACAUUAAAAACACCCCCAAAAAGAAACUUUUUUGAUCUUUUUAGAAGGCCAAGUUUUACUUUUCAUUUAACGCUGAAUUGCUAUAUUUUUAUUGUUCUCAAUUUUCUUUAUUGGGCAUUAACUUUAUAUAGUGUUGAUUUACACAAAAAUAAAAUGGUUGGAUUUUUCCUUUCUGCGGUAGUUGAAAUACCCGCUGGAAUUAUUUCUAUGAUUUUAUUAAUGGUUUGUGGAAGACGGACAGUUACUGUUAUUUCUUUGACUGGACAAGCAAUAUCUUUAGGAUUGACUAUUUUUACUCCACGCGGAACAACAUUAAAUUUAUUAUUAUCCCUCUUUGCCAAAGUAAUGAAUACUGUAGCCUGGGCAUCCGCCCCUCUUUUACUUAGCGAAAUGGCACCUACAACAAUAAGAAAUAUGAGUUAUGGAUUUGUUUCUACAAUUGGUGAACUUGGAUCUGUACUUGCUCCUUAUAUGAAAAGAAUUGUAAAAAUUGAAGAAAAAAAUUUUUGA